CAUAUUGAAGAAAAUAAUAAGAGGGAAAAUAUUCUGUAUAUUGAAUUGUUCUGCUAAGUACAAGGAGUUUCUCCUUUAUUUAUAGGAGAGGAUAAAGACCAAAACACAAAAGGAAUUCUAUUCCUACAAGGAAACAAAUCACUAAAUAUGAACAAGGAAACAAAUCAAGAGCAAUCCCACUUAGAAUGGGAUUUUCUCUCCUUCUUGCCUUUGACUUGGGUGAUAAUUAAUCCAGGUGUGUCUGCGUUCUUGAGUUCGUAAGAACUUCCCUUCGUAGGGAUUUUUUCUUCCUCAUCGAAAAGCUUGCCGACGAGAUUUUCUUCUACUUCUGCCAUGUCGACGGUCGAGGAGGAUAGUCCGGCGGUCGAUGUCGGUGAUCCGGCGGAAGACAGGCUUGAACCGGCGGAGGACGGUGAUGGACCGUCGUAUGUCUAGAUUAGGGUUUUUCCCUAGGAAUCUUGCUCUGAUACCAUGAAGAAAAUAAUAAGAGGGAAAAUAUUCUGUAUAUUGAAUUGUUCUGCUAAGUACAAGGAGUUUCUCCUUUAUUUAUAGGAGAGGAUAAAGACCAAAACACAAAAGGAAUUCUAUUCCUACAAGGAAACAAAUCACUAAAUAUGAACAAGGAAACAAAUCAAGAGCAAUCCCACUUAGAAUGGGAUUUGCUCUCCUUCUUGCCGUGUGGUCCAAGGAGCACCGCCCAACACAUAUUCUUCUCCAUGGAUUUAUUUUGAUGAAAAUUAUGAAACCAUGUUUGAAGAAGCUAGCAGAUUUAGUUCAUCCGUUAGGUGGCAGGUAGCUAUCCCCUUGUUGCAGAUGUUGAUUCUUCUCCUCCACUUGAAAGGAAAAGUAAUCAUCUUCUACUUAAAGAAGAGGAAAGAGGCUCAGUUAAAAUGUAUGAUCAGCUCCUAACACUGGCUGCAACUACUCUUGCAGAGGAAGAGUUGAAUAAAAAAGAUGAAUUGAGGCUAUGGGAAGAGCCAUAUUCUACAGCCUCUAAAUGGAAGCCUUGUGCAAAUAGAGAAAAUCCUAAAGAUGUGAGGACAGUAAAGCAGAGGAAGACUGGUUACAUAUUGGUCAGUGCAAAUGGAGGCUUAAAUCAACAAAGAGUUGCAGUUUGCAAUGCUGUUGCAGUUGCAUCUCUACUAAAUGCAACAUUGGUCAUACCCAAAUUCCUUUACAGCACUGUUUGGAAAGACCCCAGCCAGUUUGAGGAGAUAUAUCAAGUGGAGCAUUUCAUGCAAACACUGAAAGAGGACAUAGAUAUUGUAAAAGACCUCCCUUCUCACCUCAAACUCCUUGAUCUGGAAACAGCUGGAGGCCUUGUGACUGAUGCAGAUCUGAAAAAGGAAGCAACACCAGAUGAAUACAUAAAGACCAUACUGCCCCUCCUCCUCCGCAAUAGAGUUGUUCAUUUCCUUGGAUUUGGGAACAGGCUUGCUUUUGACCCACUGCCCUUUGAACUGCAGAGAUUGAGGUGCAAAUGCAACUUCCAUGCACUCAAGUUUGUACAAAGGAUUCAAGAAACAGCAUCUCUACUGGUUAGGCGAAUACGAAAACACAAUGCGAGUAAAGGCACACUAGACAAGGAACUAUUGGGGAAGUUCACCCCCAAGAACAAGGUUCUUCCCACGGGGAGCUCUUCCAAAUUCUUGGCUUUGCACUUGAGGUUCGAAAUUGACAUGGUGGCUUACUCCAUGUGUGAAUUCGGUGGCGGGGAGAGGGAAACAAAGGAACUUCAAUCCUACAGAGAAGCCCAUUUCCCACUGCUUCUUGAAAGACUCAAGAAAUCAAGGACUAUUUCUCCCAAGGAGCUGAGAAGUGAGGGAAGAUGUCCAUUGACACCAGAAGAAGCCGCACUUGUCCUCGCCGGCCUUGGUUUUAAAUGUGAAACUCGCAUAUAUCUUGCCAGCUCAAGUAUAUACGGAGGAGAGUCUCGGAUGAAGCCUUUAAGAAGCCUCUAUCCUAAUAUAGUCACAAAGGAAAAUCUUCUAACACACAGUGAACUUGCUCCUUUUAGAAAUUACUCUUCUCGGCUUGCAGCGUUGGACUUCAUCGCAUGCGCAGCAGCUGACGUAUUUGCCAUAACAGACUCCGGCAGCCAGCUAUCAUCUCUAGUUUCUGGAUUCAGAACAUACUAUGGGGACGGGCACGCUCCCACAUUGAGGCCUAGCAAGAAGAGGCUGGCUGCAAUUUUGUUGGAAAACAAGACCAUAAGUUGGCAUAGUUUUAAAGAAAGAAUAGGACAGAUGAUCAACGAGGACCAAACAGUGCAUUUAAGGGGUCCUGGUCGAACAAGCAUAUAUCGACAUCCAAAAUGCAAAGAGUGCAUGUGCCAACUUGAGUAGAUGCAAGCAUCGAUCUGUAUGCUUCUCUUCGAUUCAGUACCAAUAGUGUCUCACAUCUGUGGGAGUGAAAGAAUCAUUCUUUUCAGAUUCAUUCAAAACCAAAUUGAAUAAUCCCAAAAGAGAAGUCAUCUUUGAAUGUUUGUUAUGCUAACUCAUCCGAUGUGCCAAGAAAGGACAAAGGAACCAAAAUAAAAGAUGAAAGCCUUU